GAUUCAUAACGAGAUCCACCAUACCACCAGACUAACAUACCACCAUCCAUCUCUUAGCCCGACCCAUACCACGACCCAUAGACCCAUAAACCGAGAAUCACCCCAUAUACCAUAUCUAACACAAACGGGAAUCUUCUUUCAAAGACAUCCAAGUCUGAAUCUGAAUCGAAAUCCGAAUCAUCAAGCCCUUUUAGCCGGAAGACUUGCAAGAUCUUUUGGCCUUCUCCAUACAUAUACACACACAUACAUAUACUUCUUUCAUUCUGUAUAUCUUCAAUUUUCCGUCGUAUCUGAGUACCGAGCCUGGGUAGGUAUCCAAUCAUACCUACCUACCUACCUACCUGUCUAGACUCCGAAUCUCUCUCUUACAUCUUGAAAUCAUCUUUUCCCGUCAGAAAUGGUGAAGAUGGUGAAGAAUUGAUUGAGAAAUCCCAGAGAAAUCAUUAAGAUUCUUUAAUUUCGAUUUUGGAGUGAAUUUCAACACAUUACUCAUCAACAACACACUUACACAGCACACGGCAUCGAUAUCGAUUCACUUCUCACCCACAUUCUCAUUGCUCUCACAGGUUACAUCAUCAACCACCAAAAGACACGACCACGACCACAACCACAACCACAACCACAACCACGUCCAUUUCUACUCAUUCACCAUCUUACCUCUUACUCGGCUUAAUAUUCUCAGAUUCUAAUUCGUCUUCACUUCGCGUCACCUAUGCGGAAUUAACAGUAACUGGCCAUCUUACACUUCAGUACAAUACAUACAACACAAUACAAUACAAUACCCCCAGUCAUUUAUCUUUUCCGUCGCGACAAUGGCCAUUCCGAAGCAGCAAUAUCGUCAUGCCUUCUGCUAAACUCAUCUCUCUCAACCCCCGAAAGUCGACAGAAUCCAAAAGAUAAAAACACAUCCUCACCAUUUAAAUACAUUCGAAUACCUUCCAAGAUGUCUCUGCUAGGGAAAUUGUUCUCUAGUACACCAUCUGCUGGACCAACCACCUCACGAGCUUCCAAUCCUCUGGACUCCAAUUUGGAGGACCACUUUACCUACAAUUUACUCUUCCCAGAUGCCGAAGCUUUGUGUCACAAAGAUCAACUCUUCCCAUUCUCAUCAGGAACGGUACUUGCACCCGCAAAUGCGCAUACUUUCGACGUCAAUGGAGAAAUCGAUCUGGAAAUGCGCGAUGUUCGAGUAAUUAUUAUGCAGGAAGCUACGUCAACUUCUGGAACUCCAUACGUAUUAUACGACAGUCACACGCCUCCGCCAACUUCUCCAUCUCUUGAAAGACAGAAUUCAAAUGGCUCUGCAUUUCCUACAAGGUCCGAAAACCGGCGAUCAGUCCCUCCACCACGAAAGACCUCGGUAGGACAAAAUUCAAGACCGGUCGUCAUACAACAGGAAGCUACAACUCCUAGAGGCUUUGGCGGCGCAUUCGAUCGGAGAUCAACACAUAAAUCACACUUAAGUUAUACAGAAACUGAAGGCCAGCGUUCACUGAGGGAAUACAAGGAGGAGGUUACAACUAUCUCAAAUUGUAUCUUUGGAACUUCUGAAGUUUUGGCAUAUAAAGGGACUGGCACAAAGGUUCACAUCUUGCCAUCAGAGUCUAGAUCCUUUGCAGGACCUAGUUCUUACGCUGCAGACGGAUCUUUUGGUAGAUCAAGUAUGCGAGGUAGUAAAUUGGCACAAUCUUUCACUUUGGAAAACGUCGUAGGUCCUGCCCCAGCUGGGUUUUCAACAACUGCAUCUUCAAGAGGACAAGAUCGAAAAAAAGUUCUCAUUACGCGCAUGUUCCCAGUACCUCUACCGAACGAUGAUAUCCAGGUUCAAACACCAAAUGCAGGAUCAGACAAGGAUGGAUAUCCUUUUCCAAGAGUUAGUGAUUUUGGCACUCCUGAAAAGAAGCCUCAACCGAAACAAAAGCGAACUCCUAUGUAUGCGGUUGGAUUGAUAGUUCAUUUACCGGCUUCACCACCUCGUGCACCUUCAGUGCCAAACUCUCGAUCUAGUUUUCGUGCAUCGAGUUCUUACAAUGAACAAGAUUCAUUUCCAUCAUCUUUCAGUUCCACAAAACGUGCAGGUUGGACUAUGCUUGGUUCUGGUUUUGGCAUUGACUCUUUGGAAUCUUCAAUUCAUAGUGAUGUGGAUGAUCGAAUUGAUAUGAUUACCCAACACUGGGACAUCAUCACUCGAACCCUCACUCAUCUUCAAGCAGUUGCAACUGAAUCUUUAGUAUGUCUUCUUCGACAAGCGGAUAUCAGUUCUCCUGGACCUCGUCGUGAAUCACACUCUCGAGCCCCUUCGGCUAGUGUAUCAAUCGCCGGUAGAAGAGUUAUGGAGGACGCUAAGCCAUUCAAAUUACCCAAGACGAAUGCUAAAUUAGUUCAGCUCAGUCAAAAUUGUUUGGUCCAAAUCCACAAAAUACAUAAAGAGGUUGAUGCGUCACGCCAAAGGAUCGUUAGUGGUAUUAAAGGUCUUCAGGUGAUUACUGGUCAAGGACGAUGGGGAAUUUGGCGUGAAGAAGCUAGAUUAGCUGAGAGGUGGGCCGGCGGAAAGGAUAAGGGAUUUUUCUUCUUUAACCUGCUGACUGGGUUCUUGGGUAAUCACACUGAAUGGUUACAAGCAUUGGGACCUAGUUGGUAUCGUCGGAGACACUAUCAGAUUCAAAGAUCUCACAAAGAUGAAGAUAUACCUCUUCCCGCGCGAACCAUCAUUGUUUCCAACGAUAAAAUGGCAGCAAGACGAUUGAUCUUUUUGCUCUCUGCUUUUCUACCCGCAAGUCAACAAAUAACAUCUCGGGCUCAUCGCCCAAGUACCUCAAUAUCCUUGGGUGGAUGCUCACAAUCUCCUCCAUCUUAUAUCAUACCAAUCUUGAGAGAAGAGUCACUGCGACGCAAGAUCAACAAGCGCUCUAGUACAUCACGGACCGCCCACCCACGAUCUGUGAGCUUUCCCGCUCAAUCCGCUCAACCCGCGCAAACUUCACAGCCUUCGAAAUCCCCAACCGAACAGCCUAGUGGCCUUGGAAUUACAGUUCACAGUGGCCAACGGGACAGAUCAUCAUCAGAUAUCUCCCAAAUCAAAACAGCAAAUUUGCCAAUUCCCGGCAGUGAUGGUGGAACUCGAAAGAGCAGUACUGCAACAACAAGGACUGCCACACCAAUCACAACAGUCCCACAUUUCUCCACUCGAGCUCCAGUCAGAGGAACUGGUCCUAUACCCAGACCAGGAAGCAGUGGUAGUCUUGCAGCUGAUGACCUACUUCGAUCUCUGAAAAGAGGCGAAAGCUCCGGCCAAUACAGCAAUGCAAGCAAUGAUUCCCAAGGUCAAAAUUCAAGGUGGGGCAGCAUGAUUAGUGGUUUCUGGAGUACGAAACGAAGGCCAUCUACAACCAACACGUCAGCUACAUCAAUGGAAGAAGUCGAAAUCAAUGAUCCUUAUUAUAGAGAUAUCACUUCACAGCCUCGCGGUAAAUUAUCAGAUACCACUGAGGUGGAAGCUUCUUUAACAAAGUCAAAAGACCAACAAGAGCGCGAGCUGAGGACUUCGGAAACUGGAAGCACCGGAACCGCUAGAGCAAUCGAGCAAAGACCAGAGCAACAAAACGAUGAGAUUAACGAGCAGAUAAUCCAAAGUUUAGAGCGAAUACCAGAUCCUUCAGGAGCUUAUGAGUCACCAGUUAAAACUACAAUUGCUGAUGAUGGUGCUAUUGAAAUUGAUGUCCCUCUUCCUGACUACUUGGCUUUCGAGACGGCUGUCAGCUCGCCAUCAAGCAGUGGAUAUCUUUCCACGCCAGGUUUGAAUAAUGGUCUCGAAGGGUUUGAACACUACUCGCGUGCGGGGCCCGAUUCAGACACUACAAUCAAUGUUGGCGGUUAUCUAUCACGUUAUCAUCCGGAUUUUGCGUUACAAGCCGUGCCUUCACAUUCGGAUCUCAUCGCUGAAAUUAAAGAAUCAAUGAGGGCAGAGCCAACACCUGUCAUUACGUCAACACCUCAUACGGAAGAUGGCCGUGCUGAUCGAUGGGUUGAUAUCUCUAGUGCAUUGGUCGCUGAUACGACCAAUUUCACAAUUACUCAUAUCCGUUACAGACGUCUUGUGAAACUCAAGGAGAAUGUGGAUCCUGUAACUCCCGCCAUCUCCACUUCAUUAGAAUCAAAAUAUGGUAAUGUUUACUCUACCGUACUACUUACGCCAUCCCUUGAAGUAUACGACGAUCACGAAGAUCAGUUUAUCGAAGAUCAACUAGUCAGCAUGGAUGAUACAUUGAUUGAAGCUGUUGAGAGAAUUAUUGCUCAAUCAGGUCAAGCUUCAAAGCAAUCAUCAGCAUGCUCAUCUAGAUCUACAAGUAGAAGACCCGUUAUGGGAAGGGAAAGAUCCAACUCGGAUACCAAGACUGUACCUGAGGUCAGGACUAAUCUUGAGGUUCCAAGAAAUGAGUGCAAGAAAAUGGUUCUUAGUGCUCUUGAAGAAAUCGUAAAGGAAGUAGCAGAGAGUCGAGAGGAGACUGUUGGAAACCACAGAUUAGAGGGGGGCAGGGAGAAAGAAAGUUUCUUGAGGGAAGGAGUCAGAACUUGGUUAGGAACUGUGGAGAGUGUGGAAUAAUCUUCAUGGCGAAGAGAGAUUCAUGACAUUAUUUUCUUUUUCUUUUUUCACGUUUGUACCAACAACACAACUAAACUAACGGCCAACAUCACACGGUUCUCAACGAUACCCAACAGACAAUGUACCACCAAUACCAAACAUUAAACAUGGAGUCUUUUUUUUUUUUUUUUUUUUAGAAUUUUAGCGUCGGCGUUUGGAGGAAGAAAUCUUGCUACGAUUGGACAGGAUGAAAGCUCGACAUGGCAACAUUUGCCUUUUUGGCUCAUAAUUCUUUCAAAUGAGCAAGCAUUCCAGGUAUUUCUGCGAUUAUACCAUUUGCAUUUCAGGGAGAAUGGUUGGGUGGGUUAUUAUACAUUGGGGUCUGGAAUGGCUCGGGAAUUUUCUUUACACGGAUGGGGUGGGUAUACAAGGAUGGCUGGAUUGACAUGAUAGGAAUUUGGUUUGAUUGAGGAGUUUCUAAUGAUCGGAGGAGGGUAUGAUGAGAGAUGAGAUUUACUUUCGCACGAAUGCGAAGAAUCGACGAUGGACGAUGGGCAUGAUAUUGUGGCAAUAGUCAUGCAAGAGAUAGGAGCAGAGAAUAUUGUGGAAUGGAUAGAAUGACUCUUAGGUCGUUCUGGAUACUUCGAUGCUCAUCUUUUGGUUAUUUGCCCUUUUGUGGGGUGGUGAAAACUCGCUCUGAAUCUCACAAUUUACAUUUGCUACUAUAUGCAAUGGCGUGGUGGGCUGUGCACGUGUGCAUUUGCAUAUAUGUUUGAUGAUGAAGCGAAUUAUCCGUCCGAAAUAUUACCAUGGCGGAUGAAGUGGAGAAGGUGGAGACAUUCAGAGUAGGGGUCCUUUAUGGUCGGUGCGGUGAUUGGAGAGGCGGGGUGGAGAGGAUUUUUUUAGAGGCACAUGUGCUGUGGAGUGGAGAUCUAUGGUUGGUGUGGUCAUGCAUUGACUGGACAUGACAUGAAUGGAUGAAGAUUUACCUAGGUAUGGAUUUGCUUUAGAGUAGGUAGAUUAAUGAAGAAUUAAAUAUCGGAAUUUGA